AUGGCGCCUCGUUCCGAGUUCUUUGACCCGGCCACUGGCCCCUACUAUGAUCCUAAAAAGGAUAGAAGAGUCGCCAUCGUUACAGGUGGAAACUCAGGUAUCGGCUGGUACACUGUUUUACACCUCUACCUUCACGGUUUCAUUGUCUACGUCGCUGGCAGAACUGAAUGCAAGGUCGUGAAGGCUAUCGAAGACAUCAAGGCAGAGGCUGAAAAACGUGUCGAGGCUUAUACGGACGACGAAAAAUCAACUAGGGUUUUGGGUUCGCUUACCUUCAUCCAUUUCGACUGCUGUGACUUGUCGUCUGUCACUGCUUGUGCUGACGAAUUUAGUCAGAAAGAGGACAAGCUCCACGUUCUCAUUAACAAUGCCGGUUUGAUGGCUGUUCCUUACGAGGAGACCAAGGAUGGCUACGAGAUCCAGUAUCAGGUAAAUUUUGUUGCUCCAUUCUUAUUCACCAUCAAGCUCUUGCCAAAGUUGAAGACUGCUGAAGUCGAUGGUUCCCCAAGAUUGGUGAUGCUACUGUCAGUCGGCCAUAGGACCACACCAAAGUAUUACGAUCCUUCUGACAAGAUCAAGUGUACUCCUAACUUCUUGUUCACAUGGAUUAGAUACGGAGCAGCGAAGACUGCGAACAUUCAUUUCACUACCAGGUUGGCGGAGCUUUAUCCCCAGAUCACUUCGUUGUCCGUGCACCCUGGUGUCAUUGUGGAAACCGAGCUCUUCAACCAUUGGACAAACUUGCCUUUGCUUGGCUGGUUCUACAAAGGUAGUACGGUUGUCAUUGAUAAGACCAUUGGUGUGAAGAGUGAGGAGGGCUGUUUGGCUUCCCUUAGGGCUGCCUUGGACCCCGAGGUCGAGAAGGAGAACGGUGGUUAUCUAGAGACAGGUGGCGUUGUGACAAAGCCUUCAAAGAUCGCUCAGCAGCAGAAAUACAUCGACAGGACCUGGGACUAUAAUGUGGAGGAGCUCAAGAAGAAGGGUUUCUUGACUGACUCAGACAUUUAA